AAACCAGUUCAGUCAUUCAGCAUAAAAGAUGUGUUUGGGUUAGGCCUGAAGCAAAUUGGUCUGGCUUUGGAAGCCUUCAGCCUCUUCUGAGGGAAUGGCUCUGUUUUUUAUGAGAUUUACUCCAUAAUUUGUGAUUUCAGAGCUUGUCUUUGCUUUGGUUUGGUUUUCAUUAACACCUCAGACAUCAUCAGCACCUGGUGAAUGUGUGGUACCUUCAUGGGCUCCUUGGGCUCUUCCUAGACUACACGUGAGCCCUGGAGCUUUGUGUUCCUGGUACCAAUCCGUUGCCUGAAAAAUGCUGUUUGUUUUUCAGUUCAAAGAAGAGAUUUCUAGACGGUUUAAAGCCAAACAGGAUCAGCUGGUUCUGAUCUUUGCUGGGAAGAUCCUGAAGGAUGGAGACACGUUGAAUCAACAUGGGAUCAAAGAUGGGCUCACUGUUCACUUGGUCAUUAAGACUCCGCAGAAGGUCCAAGAUUCAACAUCUGCUGCUUCUGCCCCCAAUGCUGCUUCUGCCCCCAAUGCCAGCCCUUCUUCUCCUGCUGCCCCAUCUCAGCCCUCCACAUCCAGCAGUGCUGGCCCGGACGCAGGGAGCGGCAGCAGACGGAGCAGCGGCUCAGGGAGCGUGGGAGGGCCUGGAGAUGGAGGCCCCAACAGUGCUGCAUCCAUCCUGUCUGGCUUCGGUGGCAUCACUGGGCUGGGCAACCUUGGCAUGGGCUCUGCCAACUUCAUGGAGCUCCAGCAGCAGAUGCAGCGGCAGCUGAUGUCCAACCCAGAGAUGCUUUCCCAGAUCAUGGAGAACCCCUUGGUGCAGAACAUGAUGUCUAACCCUGACCUCAUGAGGCAGAUGAUCAUGGCCAAUCCCCAGAUGCAGCAGCUCAUGGAGCGAAAUCCAGAGAUAAGCCACAUGCUCAAUAACCCAGAGCUCAUGAGGCAGACGAUGGAGUUGGCUCGGAACCCUGCCAUGAUGCAGGAGAUGAUGCGGAACCAGGACCGUGCUUUGAGUAACCUCGAGAGCAUUCCAGGAGGAUACAACGCCCUGCGCCGGAUGUACACGGACAUCCAGGAGCCCAUGUUUAGUGCAGCCAGGGAGCAGUUUGGCAGCAAUCCUUUCUCUUCCUUGACGGGGAAUUCUGACAGCUCGAGCUCUCAGCCUUUGCGGACGGAGAACAGAGAGCCAUUGCCAAACCCCUGGAGCCCCACACCCCCUGCUUCCCAGAGUCAGGCACCCAGCAGUGAAGGGAGCACGGGCUCAGCAAGCACCCAGGGCACCCCAACUGUGUCCAACCCCUUUGGGCUGAAUGCUGCCAGCAUCGGUGCUGGCAUGUUCAACAGUCCAGAGAUGCAAGGACUCCUGCAGCAGAUUUCUGAAAACCCUCAGUUGAUGCAGAAUAUGAUCUCUGCCCCUUACAUGCGGAGCAUGAUGCAAACUCUUGCCCAGAACCCAGACUUUGCAGCACAGAUGCAGAACCCGGACUCGCUGUCCAUCCUCACCAACCCCCGCGCCAUGCAGGCCCUGCUCCAGAUCCAGCAGGGGCUCCAGACGCUGCAGACGGAGGCGCCCGGAUUAGUGCCAAGCCUUGGCUCCUUCGGCAUGCCCCGGAUGCCCCCGUCCUCCACAGGAGGAAGCACAAUCCCGGAGAACCCCGUUCCCUCUGCUUCGACGCCGGCCAGUGCCUCUCCAGCUGGGGGUGGGAACCCUCAGCAGCAGCUCAUGCAGCAGAUGAUCCAGCUGCUGGCCGGAGGAAGCUCUCAAGCGCAGAGUCCCGAAGUGCGAUUCCAACAGCAGCUGGAGCAGCUCAAUGCCAUGGGCUUCAUCAACCGCGAGGCCAACCUGCAGGCGCUCAUCGCCACCGGCGGGGACAUCAACGCAGCAAUCGAGAGACUGCUGGGCUCCCAGCCUUCCUAAGCUCUGCCCUGCUGCCCCACAGACGUCAGCACAUGCAUCCAUACACAUGCACAGGGGAUCUUUCCGGAAAGCCCGCCAUCAUUUUCAUAUCUGACAGCUGUCCAUGUAUUUAAAAACAAAAAGAUACAGCUUAACCCUGACCUUCCUACUAAGUUAAGAUUUCAUGUUGAAAUGCUCUUUAACUGGCUUGUAUGUGGAUUCCAGUUCUCAUCGUGGCCACAGAGACUUCAGAUGUGUAUUUUUUCCUAAAUAUGCCCUGUCUCAGACACUCUUCUCUCUCUCUCUAGAUGGUAGAGGCGAUACUUCUAGUUACUUACCUGAAUGAUUGUGUUUUGAGUAGCUUGAUUUUAACUGUACAUGAUUCCUUCCCCUAGCCCUCCUUUCAGGCAAAUAUUUAAAAAAUUGAGCCAAGUUUGGGGAUUGGUUAUUUCUCUCAGUGUCUUAUUGGGAAUGGAUCAAAAGAAAAAAUUGAAAUUACCUGAGAAUUUCUGAUGUCAUUUGUCUUAAUGUUUCCUGGGAUGAACCGAGCCCAUGUCCCUCACUCACAGGUGCCUCCAAUCUCCUGGUAGAGGGUUAAUGGGUGAGAAACCUGCAUUUGAAGUGUGGCCUCUUUACAUCUUGGGGGUGGUGUAAUGGAGCCCAGGGGUGUGCAGUGACCAGGUGUGCUGUUCUUGAGCUUGAGUUGAAGGUGCUGUGCAGAUGAAGGUGUUUGGAAGGUGUUUGGUUCUGCCCAAGUCGUGUGGUUCCUGGUCAGAGGUGUCCAGGGGCAUCGACUCCUGUGCUCAGUGGGUUCAUUUGUACAAGUGUGAAAAAAACUAAAAAGGAAAUGGAAAAAUAAGCUAACGGUCUUUUCGCUUCACUGGAAAAUGUUGGAAGUUCAUGUUCCUCCCAGUUUAGAUCCAUCCUCCACCCCUCUUCCAUUCUGGUGUGUUUGAAUGCUCAGACUGUCCAAGAGCCUCCCCAGGACCAGCAGGGUGGUAUUUCCCAGGAGCCUCCAUGGCUGUGUAAUUUGCAUACACCAUUUUUAUCAAAAGGAAAAUAAAUGCGCACAACCAUCUGUC